GAAAUGCCUCCAGAGUUAGGUCCUUUUGAAUCAGAAGCACAGCCAUUUAAAAAAAAUUUAACCUGACUUUUCAACUGUUUUGUACAGUCUUACACUGGAAAAAAAAAAGUGCAGUCUGGAUAUAUACUUGGAAGAAAAGAAAUCCAUUCUGUUUGGUGAUCAAUAGGGAUUAAGCCUUAAACACUUAAUGCUCAUACUAUUUAUGUAAACAAAUCUCGAAUUCUUUUGGUUAACAUACUUUAUGUCAUGAAGAGUGUCUUUUGUUGUCUAAGGUAAAUUGGUGGCAGUACUCUCAAGGAUGUAGUUUCUUAAAGGAAUGCUUGGACUAGACCUGGCUUCAUCUGGAUUAGAAACUUCGGGCAGCCCUGCCCUGCCCGUCCAAACUGCCGCACUCAGCUAUUUGUCUUUUGGAUUUAGUAAUUGACCUAUCUGAGACUCGCUUCUUUCCAGUUUAACACAGAAAAAGAUUUUACUAUCACCUCAAGGAAUUUCAGAAUAAAACUUGAAUUCUUGGUGUCAGAUAAGUACAACUGGAAGUCUGUUUCCAGUCUGUUGUGAGAAAGAUGAUUCCUAAAAUUUGGGGUGUUUCAUUUAAGUGAUCCAACUAAGAUAAUCAAAACUGGAUAUUUCAAAGCUUUUAUUUUUAAAUUAUUUUAAACUCCAAGGAAAUUAAGGUAAUAAAUCCAAAAGUCAAGUACCUCCAUUAGAAUGUGGUGAUGGUGAGAAUAUAUACAACACAGAAUGGCUGUAAUCUUUUUAGUAUCUGGCUUUUCAUUUGCUGUUUUCAUAAAAAAGAAAUGUAACUCAAAGAACAAAACAAAACCCUCUCACCCUGUAGUAAAGCUAUAGUUGAAAACUCGUCACUAUCAAACCGUGUGUCUAUCUUGGUAAGCACGUUGCUUAGCUUGAUAGGUUUUGUUUGUCUAAAUUUUUCAUUGUUUCUGCAUAAUUUGUACUUCAUAAGCAUAUCAAGUUCUAUGUGCCAUAUGUAUUUCACAGUAUCUGAAAAGGAUUCUGAAAAAUAUGUUUAUGUGUGCAUUGUGCAAUGCACACAGUUUCUGUGUGCAGCAGUGUAUGUUUUUCUUUGGCCUAAAUGUGUUGUUUCACAAGUGUAAUGAGUGGCAAGGUUAUCAGAUGAAAAAGAACAUUAGAAUUCACAUAGUAAGCAGAAUUAGUUGUAGAUCAUUUGUAUUAAUGCAGAAAUUUUAUUUAUGGGUAUUAAGUAAAAAUGAUGAUUUCUGAAUCACUCCAUACUUUAAGCUCUUGGUAGCCAUGCUGAUGAGCCAGUAGUCACUGUGAUCCUAGAAUAACUUGGUUUUGGGUUUGUAUAAACAGCCAUUUCUUAAUUUGUGGAUAGCUGUGAGGCCUCUCUGUUGUUACAAAGUAAGGUCAUUCAGUAGAAACCUGAUUAGAAAAGGGAGAGUUUACUCCUUUCUAGACCUAGGCUGGUCACGUGUUUUCAACCCUUUCCCUCCUAGGGAGUAGAAGAAUUCAAUGCUGAGUGAGCUCUAGCCUUCAGGGUAGGGAGUGGGUUAGGAGUGAAAUUUGGUGUGUGCCUUCUCUGUAGUUGUUUCUUUGUAUUAUUGUCCUUUUGUUCUGUCACCACCAGACUGACGUGUGAGCAGACUGCUGGAAACCUAGGGCUUGCAUUCUCUUGUAUGUCUGACUUAGUGUUUUGGGACUCAGAUGCUUAUAAAAAGAGUUUGUAGAGAAUGACCCCAAUGAUGCACUACUUGGCGUCAUCUGGUAUCACGAUUCCAAAGCCUCCAAAGCCACCAGAUAAGCCGCUGAUGCCCUACAUGAGGUACAGCAGAAAGGUCUGGGACCAAGUAAAGGCUUCUAACCCUGACCUAAAGUUGUGGGAAAUUGGCAAGAUUAUUGGUGGCAUGUGGCGAGAUCUCACUGAUGAAGAGAAACAAGAAUAUUUAAACGAAUACGAAGCCGAAAAGAUAGAGUACAAUGAGUCUAUGAAGGCCUAUCACAAUUCCCCUGCAUACCUUGCAUAUAUUAAUGCAAAAAGUCGUGCCGAAGCUGCAUUAGAGGAAGAAAGUCGACAGAGACAGUCUCGCAUGGAGAAAGGAGAACCUUAUAUGAGCAUUCAGCCUGCUGAGGAUCCAGAUGAUUAUGAUGACGGCUUUUCAAUGAAGCAUACAGCUACCGCCCGUUUCCAGAGAAACCACCGCCUCAUCAGUGAGAUCCUCAGUGAGAGCGUGGUCCCUGAUGUGCGGUCGGUUGUCACAACAGCCAGAAUGCAGGUCCUCAAGCGACAGGUCCAGUCUUUAAUGGUUCAUCAGCGAAAACUGGAAGCCGAACUUCUUCAGAUAGAGGAGCGACACCAGGAAAAGAAGAGGAAAUUCCUGGAAAGCACGGAUUCCUUUAACAAUGAACUUAAAAGGUUGUGUGGUCUGAAGGUGGAAGUAGACAUGGAGAAAAUCGCAGCCGAAAUUGCACAGGCAGAGGAGCAGGCCCGCAAAAGGCAGGAGGAGCGGGAGAAGGAAGCAGCGGAGCAAGCCGAGCGCAGUCAGGGCACCAUUGCCCCUGAGGAAGAGCAAGCAACAAACAAAGCCGAGGAGAAGAAGGAUGAAGAGAGCAUCCCUAUGGAGACAGAGGAGACACACCUGGAAGAAACAACAGAGAGCCAGCAGAAUGGUGAAGAAGGCACAUCUACUCCUGAGGACAAGGAGAGUGGGCAGGAGGGGGUUGACAGCAUGGAGGUCGAAGGGACCAGUGAUAGCAAUACUGGCUCAGAGAGCAACAGUGCAACGGUAGAGGAGCCACCCACAGACCCCAUGCCCGAAGACGAGAAGAAGGAAUAAAUGUUGCCUUGUUUUAUGUGUCCUAAAACUUUUUUAAAUGGAAAAAAAAAAAUGUUUUUUUGGUUUUAAUGGUG